AUGGCAGGUUCAUCGAUUUCAGCAGCCGAGAAGUUCAACCAAAACUACCGACUACAUCUCAAAGUUAGUCGCUCCAUAGGGUUCACCGUUUUAGAUCCCAACUACGCAUUCGGAAGACGAACGAUGUUCUCAUUGUUGGUCUCGUUCUCGGCUCUUCUCAUGGCGAACUUCGCAAUUUGGAGGGCUCGAGCUGAUGUGGUGAAGGUGAUGGAAGUAAUUUCUUAUUUGAUGAUAAUAAUUCAAGGCUUUCAAGAGGCUGUGCUGUGGGUGUUGAGACCAGCUAGAUACAGGGUGUUGUUCGAGAAAUCUAGAGAACUUUUCAGGCAGCUCAACGAAAAUGAAGAAAAUGGUAAAGUACUUUAUGUUGUGUUGCAAUAUACGCUAAUCCUCCAGCGAAUGAUGCUAUAUUGGUACACGAUUAUGUGUGUGUUAGUGAUAUCAAUAACCUUUGCCGUCUCAGUUUUCGGGAAAAAAUUGUUGAUCAUGCCAUUACUUUUGCCGGGAAUUGAUGAAAACGCCAAUACAGGAUUUUGUCUGCUUUGGGUAAUUCAUCUGGUGCAGCUGGCGGUUGGACAUCAAGGAUAUGUCUCGUUCGAUGGUUACUUUCUCUAUAUGAUCUUUCCAAUCAUUGGCUAUGUGAAUGCCAUUGAGAAUGAGAUCAAUAAGUUGAACUCGAUGCUGAACGAUUCUACACGCGAUGAGGAAGCUUUAUCCGCUCAGUUUCUACGAGUUUGUACGCUCCAUCAAAUGCUGGACGAAUAUGAGAUUAAGCUUCAGGAUAAUUUUAUCGCAACGAACCUAGUCAGAAUUGGGUCAGCUAUAGCCGGAUUAGUUAGCUGCGUAUCGCUGAUCUUUGUAAGCGAUAGUUUGCAGACUUAUCUAACGCUGGGAGUUUUCUUUUCCCAAGUAACUCAGUACUGUCUGAUGGGAACGAUUAUAACGGUGAAGAAUGAACACCUCAUGAAGGCGCUCUACACUAUCGAAUGGUAUUUGUUACCUAAACGGGAGGCGGCGAAUUUAGUACUGAUUUUGCAGAGAGCGCAGAAUGCUCCCUGUUCAACGAUUGGAGGAAUCGCGCCGUUGAAUGUCGAAACCUAUGUGAAGAUCAUGAAGACCAUCUAUAGUUAUGUCAUGGCUAUGAUCACCUUUAUGGAAUAG